GCCUCCAAGCAAGUGAUGCUCUACUGGCUGCAGCAGCUGCAGAUGAAGCGCUGGGAGUUCCACAGCAGCCCGCCCGCGCCUCCUGCCGUCCCUGAUGCCACCCUGGCUGAGAACGGGCCUCCCCUGCGCCUCGAGCUAGAGCAAGACCAGGCUGAGCAGGAGGAGUUCCUGUAUCCUGUGAAGACGCCUACUGGGCUUGUGGGCCAGGCCGCUGCCCUCCAGCCAGUCCCUGCCCUGCCUUUGGCCCUUCCGAAUAUUUCCCUCAAGCACCUCGGAACUGAAAUACAAAACACAAUGUACAAUUUCCGGGGCAGCAGGCAUGCCCAAGGAGCAGGCCACAGACCUCCAGAGGAAGAUGCUUCCCCAAUUGGGGAGCCUCAGAAGGAGCAGCCCUCGCCCCCAGACCCCAGUGCCCCAGGAAAAGAACCAGCAGAGUCUCCAAAGCCUACACCCAAGUCCUUUCUGACUGCCAAUUUAAUUCAGAAAGCCAAGCGUCAGAACAACACCUUCCCGUUCUUCUCCGAUGGACUCUCGAGGAAUCGAACUGCCCAGGAGAAAGCGCUAGAGCAGCAGGUUCUGAUGCUCACCCAGGAGUUGCAGUCUCAGAAGGAGCUGGUGAAGAUCCUGCACAAGGCGCUGGAGGAUGCCCAGCAGGAGAAGAGGGCAUCCAGCGCCUACCUGGCUGCGGCCGAGGACAAAGACCGGCUGGAGCUGGUGCGGCACAAAGUGCGGCAGAUCGCGGAGCUGGGCCGGCGGGUGGAGGCCCUGGAGCAGGAGCGGGAGAGCCUGGUGCAGACAGUCAGCCUGCGGGAGCAGGAGGUGCAGGAGCUGCAGCAGCACGUGCAGCUGCUGAUGGACAAGAACGAGGCCAAGCAGCAGGUCAUCUGCAAGCUGUCUGAGAAGGUCACUCGGGACUUCAUGCAUCCCCCAAACCAGCCCCCAGCAGCCCCGGAUGCUGCUGACCGGGACUUCCUGAGCCAACAGGAGAAGCUAGAACACCUGAAGGAUGACAUAGAAGCAUACCGGACCCAGAACCGCUUUCUCAAUUCUGAGAUCCACCAGGUCACAAAGAUCUGGAGAAAGGUGGCUGAGAAGGAGAAAGCCCUCCUGAUGAAGUGUGCCUACCUCCAAGCCAAGAACUGCCAGGUGGAAAGCAAGUACCUGGCGGGACUGCGGAGGCUACAGGAGGCCGUGGGGGACGAGGCCAGUGAGUGCUCAGAGCUGCUGAAGCAUCUGAUCCAGGAGGCGCUGCAGUGGGAAGCCAGCGACGCCUCGGCAGACAAUGUCCAGCUGAGCCCCAUCAGCGAGUAUGACGAGUAUGGCUUCCUGACGGUGCCCAACUAUGAGGUGGAAGACCUGAGGCUGCUGGCCAAGAUCCAGGCACUGGAGGUGCACUCCCACCACCUGCUGGCCCACGAGGCUGUGGAGCGGCCACUGCGGGAGCGCUGGGCUGCCCUGGGUGAGCUGACACGCUCGACGGAGCUCAAGCAGCUGCUGCGGGCCGGGGUGCCCCGGGAGCACAGGCCCCGUGUCUGGAAGUGGCUGGUCCACCUCCGAGUCCACCACCUGUAUUCUCCUGGCCGAUACAAGGAGCUGCUGAGCCGGGGCCAGGCCCGCAAGCACCCCGCUGCCCGCCAGAUCGAGCUGGACCUGAACCGAACCUUCCCCAACAACAAGCACUUCACCUGUCCCGCCUCCGCCUUCCCCGACAAGCUCCGCCGGGUGCUGCUGGCCUUCUCCUGGCAGAACCCCGCCAUUGGUUACUGCCAAGGCCUGAACAGGCUGGCGGCCAUCUCUCUGCUGGUCCUGGAUGAGGAGGAAAGUGCCUUCUGGUGCCUGGUGGCCAUUGUUGAGACCAUCAUGCCAGCGGACUACUACAGCAAGACACUGACGGCAUCCCAGGUGGACCAGCGGGUGCUCCAGGAUCUCCUCUCAGAAAAGCUGCCCAGGCUGAUGGCCCACCUGGCCCAGCACCGUGUGGACCUCUCCUUCAUCACCUUCAACUGGUUCCUUGUGGUCUUCGCAGACAGCCUCAUCAGCAACAUCCUCCUCCGGGUCUGGGAUGCCUUCCUGUAUGAGGGCACCAAGGUGGUGUUCCGCUAUGCCUUGGCCAUUUUCAAGUACAAUGAGGAGGAGAUACUGAGGCUGCAGGACAACCUGGAGAUCUACCAGUACAUGCGCUUCUUCACCAAGACCAUUUGCAACAGCAGGAAACUGAUGAGCAUCGCCUUCAACGACAUGAACCCUUUUCCCAUGAAACAGCUGCAGCAGCUGCGGAACACCCACCGGGAGAGGCUGGAGGCUGAGCUGCGGGAGCUGGAGCAGUUCAAGGCGGAGUACUUGGAAACUAAGGCAUCCCGUGGCCAAGCUGUGCCUGAGGGCUACACCAGCGAGGAUGAGGGGGAGGUCUGACUUGGCCACCUGCCUUCCCCACAACCCCUUCUCACCCCUAGCAAACAGGCGUCCCUGUGCCCUGGGCCAGUACCCUUUCUUCUCUGGGCCUCUGCUCCCCAUGGAGUGUUGUCUGCCCUGAAGCCACUGUUGGGUUAACUCAUCCAGGAAGCUUUCACUUCCUCCACAGAGCACUUUAGCACACAGACAAGAGUGCUGUCUUUUUAGGGUGACUUGAACAUUUUCUAAGUUUUAGCUGUAUAAACUGUAAAUAUUAAUAUAUU